GGAAUCCUCCAUGUCGGCGAGGUGAGUGCAGCCUCCUGCAUGUUGGAUCCACUCCAGGUCCGGGUAGAAAGUCAGCUGUAUCACCACCUUUCCAGUCUCGGUUGAUCGGCAGGCAGUCCAAUACUUUCAGCUCACAACACGGUGAUGCAGCGACGGCAUUCAGAAUACUGUGACAGUACCUAAAUAUUUGGGAGGUUAGUGAUGCAGAUCACAUGCUCUCUAAGUAGUCCGAUGCACCAUUGCACAAUCGCCCUCUCGAUUCAGGCACCAAUCAGAUAUCACGAGGGCGACCCGAAUAUGUGCGACGGUGGCAGACCCCGGGUCGUUCCAUCAUCCGAUGCCAGAGCGGACAAGGGAAAGGCGACUAUCUACUCCAUACAAUUUCCUUUAACAAGCUGGAAAGCAUCUCUGGUCAAACUUGCACAAGCGCUUUGGAACUUCCCCCGGAAACGUCGCACGACCUUGCGAUAUGGAUGAGAAGCCUCACCGUGGACUCUACCCAAUUCAAAAUGCAGACUACAGUAGCCAAUAUGCAAACCCGCCGACAAACGUACAAGAGACUACCGGUUUCCCCCGCUCAAUCCGAGCCCUCAGAGAUGCAAGAAACUCGGAUUAUCAUGGCCGCACAGUAGUCAUCUGUCUCGAUGGCACUGGCGACCGUUUCGACAACGACAACAGCAAUGUGGUGCACUUUGUAUCGUGUUUGAAGAAGCACAGUCCCCACGAGCAAGUCACCUACUAUCAGUCGGGCAUUGGCACGUACGACAAAGGUGGUCUCAAGGGUGGCUUGGGAGCCGCACUGGAUAUGACUGUAGGCAGCGGCCUUGGAAUGCACAUCAAAGACGCCUACCGUUUCCUGAUGCAAUCGUAUCGCGAAGGCGACAAAAUAUGUCUACUCGGAUUCUCGCGCGGCGCGUACGCCGUUCGUUGUUUGGCGGGUAUGCUUCACAAAGUCGGGCUCUUGCCGGCCAGCAACGGCGCGCAGGUCAAUUUCGCUUAUGACUUCUACAAAGACGACACGCCUCAGGGUUGGAAGAUGAGUGCCGAGUUUAAGAAGACGUUCUGCACCAACGUCGACGUAUAUUUCGUCGGGUUGUGGGACUGCGUGGCCAGUGUUGGUUUCUUCCCGCGCAAGCUGCCUUUCAGCAAAACUCCAACGAACCACAUCCACUACUUCCGACAUGCUAUGGCACUGGAUGAGCAUCGCUCCAAAUUCAAAGUGUGUCAGUGGCAACACCAAGAUCCGGACCUUAAUCGUCGCGUGACAAUUGACCACACGCCGCGCGCGCAGUUAAAGAGAGGGCUGAAGCGAACUGGGUUCCUUAAAGCUGUCGGCAAAAGCAAACCAGCCACAGUCUCGAUUGACUUGUCCGCACCUCGAAAUGGAUAUACUACGGUCACCAAUGGGUCCCACGGAGAGCAAGGAUGCUCGGUGAAAACGAAAACACAUGAAGAAGAUGAACAGGAGGAAUUGGCCGCAUAUUUUGAAGCAAUCGACUUUGCCCGGACGCACCGCCAGCAGAAAACGGAUGCCCUCGAAGUCUGGUUCAAAGGCUGUCACGCUGACAUUGGCGGAGGUGCUGUCGCCAAUGAGACUCGGCAUAUGCUAUCAAGAAUUCCAUUACGCUGGAUGGUCCGUCAAUGUUUUGAGUGCGACACUGGUAUUGCAUUCGACGUUGCAGCUCUUGCCGAGAUCGGUCUUGACGUGCACAAUCUGUGGCCGAAGUAUACGCCCAUGCGCAAGCCGCCUAUAGGGCCUUCCCCUAGUCUUGUGGAGAAAUACUUCAACAAAUCUUUCCCACCGAUCCAUCGACGGUCUUUAUUCUUGAGAUUCGAAGAUGAUGACAAGGAGGCGGAUAAGCUUCCCGGCGAUCACCAUAUCGCGCAUCUGUCCGAGUGCACCGAGGACUACUUCGACAGCCAGCAGGAUGUCAAUGACAUGUUGGAUCAAGCGAAGUGGUGGUGGAUUCUCGAGCUCUGGCCGGUUAAGGUGCGGCUAUUGGCGCCUGACGGGGACUGCUGGGAGAAGCGUGUUCGCAUGAAUAGGGGCCGGUAUCGAGCGAUUCGUGAGACAACCCCCAAGUUCCAUUGGACUGUGGAGCGGUUGGUGGAAGAGGGAAAGUAUGAGAUCAAAGGAAGAGUUGAGCGGGACGCCCACUGGGAGGCUGCUGUAUAGUUAGUUAAGUCAAGAGUGAUGGAUUCAAACGUCCAGAGCAUUCGUUUUGGUUAGCGUCUGAUUGACUUUGGUAGCACCACAUCACACGACCAGUAAAGUACCAAACGACCUCUUUCUCACCUCAAAGGGGUGGCAUAGACCCUACUCACGGAUGCAGAACCCCAUCUACAAUUAUAUAUGCCUUGUUACGUGGCACUGGCUCACCAGCCCGGGGUGGCGGGUGUGGAAACUGGUACAGGUCUAACACGCUUCCUAAUGAAACUAAACAACGUGGUUGGUGUGUUAUCAUAUAUUUUUCUCUUCACCCCAAGUUCAUAGCAGAAUAAUCAAGAAUUGCA